ACUCAAAAAACCGUGGGUUUGUAUUGUUGGAGAAGACACGUUGAAAGUCUGCAGGAAAGCAUCCUCAGAAAAGAACGGAGUCUUUCGCGUAGACAGGAUCAACAUAUUUGAGUUUAGGCCGGUCUUAUGCUCGUUCUGACGUUCUCAACCGGACGGACGAACUAGCAUUCUCUGUUUCAAGGGUACAUCGGACUGGGUCUUGCGUCCUGUCGGCUGCACAGAAACGAGGCAGAAAACGACUUGUUUCUCUGCCUGGAGAUACCCUCGGCUUUUAUUCAUUCGUGGAUCGAAGAAUCUUAACUAGACGCAAGUUUUUGAUCAAUCUUCAGGCGAAAUAGUGUCAAGUCAUCGUCAAACCUAAGCGCAGCGCCUCUUCAAGGAAGGAACCUCCAGUGUGGCCGCGAGGAGUGGAUGACUCUCGUUGCUCUAAGAGAGCUGGAAUUUCGAGGAGCGAAACACGAGUUGUGUGGUACAAGCGAUCUAAACGUGCAGAAAGAGUCCAUAACCACGCGAAAAAAUGGUGAAGCUUCGGUGGAAAAGUGCCUCGUGCACAGACCGGGCACUCCAGCUCAUGGACGUGACCCUCCAGCGCCUUGAAGAGGAGGAAGAGAAUGCUGACAAGAAGGGUGACAACGGAACAGACCGUCAAAGACAUAUUCCGACUGCGAUAAACGACCUUUUAUAUCCGAGUUGCAUCGCUGUCGCUGUGACUCCAAAUGUUGGCGAGGGGGCUUGCUUCCGUGGUAUGCAGUGCGCUCAAUACUCGGUUUUAGGAAAGGUGUACAACAUAGCGGUAAUCAUGAAGCCUGAGGAAGUUCUGCGCAGCAAUGGACAAGAAUAAAUAUCUGCGGAAAAAGGCAAAGGCGUUCAUGAGCAAGGGGUACCUGUCGUUGUCUCGGCAGUUAUUGUACCCCUGAUUUUGGUGCGUUGUCUGCGUGCAGAAAUGACGUUGUUGUGUGGCAGGCUAUCCCUUCACUUGUGCGUCUGCCCAUUCAUACUAUGCAAUUUCUGCGUUGUCGGAAGCGCAAGAAAGUGUCAGGUUGAUUCGUGUACGAUUUUGGUCGACGAGCGUGGCGAAUACUUGCACCGCAGCUCAAUCCCAGCGUUCCACAGCGCAGAGGGGAUCAAGACCCAUUGGAGCAGAAGUCCCCCGGGGCAAAAAACUAAUCUUGUUUCGAGGAGGCACGUUUUGGCAGUGUGUUUUCAUUUUUUCAGCUGUCUCGAAACAAAGCGCUAGAGAAGUGGCUUCCGGUCCCAAAUGCCGGUGAAAGCUCAUUUUGUGCUUUCCUUGGUGCGUCAACAAGUGUGGCGUCUCUGCUUUCACCGUUCCAGUGUUGACUGACUUGACGAGACGUACACCUGAAGAAUUCAGUCCUUUUGAGAGAAACCUUCACAGGCCCGCACUUGGAAAAGGCAGCUUGCUGGAGCCUUUGCCCCCCCCCCCCCACCUAUAAAGGGCGCAACUGAUUCCUUGAAGAUGCUCCUGACGCCACAGAUCAGUAGCACGCGGAUGACAGUCACAAAGUUCCGAAGUCUCUGAUCGUCUGAAGCAUAGCUAACGAAGAACCAGACUACAAAAUCCGCGUUCUAUGAAAUAUGUACGUUUCGAGUCAUUGCUGAGUCUCGUUCAGUGUGUAUCAAAAAAGAUGUAAAACGUCUGUCCAUACGAAACGCUCGUUUGUUGGAAUAAAGACGAAAACUGCCCGUAAGAUGCGACGUUUGACAACCUAGCAUCCAUGGAUGUUGCCCCGGUGGCGAAUUGAAAUCUGCUUUUUGUUAAGUGUGAGUAUUCGGACAGUGAUGGCAUGCGCACAUUUGUCGACUGAGGAGCUGUACAGCCUUCAUGGAAGACGACUCGGGAGUUCCCGUCAUCUCUUGUUUUUUGUGCUCUGUACGCGACCACUCCGAGUUGAGUGUGUGGUUGGUUCCCGUUCACGUGCGCAAGCUUCUCCUUCUUUGAGCAGGCCAUGUGUCGACGCAGCGUGCAGGUGAGAUCUGAAGGCUGUCUGACAACUGUGGAGCGUUUGUUUGUCGACGCAGCGUGCAGGUGAGAUCUGAAGGCUGUCUGACAACUGUGGAGCGUUUUUUCG